GCCUGGGUGACAGAGUGAGACUCCAUCUCAAAAAAAAUGAAAAGAAAAGAAAAAGACGUCAUGUGGUAAAAAAUCCCUUACUUGGAUUUAUCAGAACAUUCACUACAAUUAAAUCCACACUUUCUCCUCUCUCCUCUUCUUAUUUUCUGUAAAGAUAAGAACUCCUCCCAUAACCAUUUGGUUAAAAUAUGUUUUCAUUUCAGGGUCUGUUGACAUUCAGGGAUGUGGCCAUAGAAUUCUCUCAGGAGGAGUGGAAAUGCCUGGACCCUGCUCAGAGGACUCUAUACAGAGAUGUGAUGUUGGAGAAUUAUAGGAACCUGGUCUCCCUGGCUGUCUCUUCCAAAUGCAGGAUGAAGAAGUUCUCAUCAACAGGGCAAGGCAAUACAGAAGUGGUCCACACAGGGACAUUACAAAGACAAGCAAGUCAUCACAUUGGAGAAAGUUGCUUCCAGGAAAUUGAGAAAGAUAUUCAUGACUUUGUGUUUCAGUGGCAAGAAGAUGAAACAAAUGCCCAUGAAGUAUCCAUGACAGAAAUAAAAAUGUUGACAGGUAGUACAGAGAAAUAUGAUCAAAGGCAUGCUGGAAAUAAGCCUAUUAAAGAUCAGCUUAGAUCAAGCUUUCAUUCGCAUCUGCCUGAACUGCACAUAUCUCAGCCCAAAGGGAAAAUUGAUAAUCAAGUGGAGAAGUCUAUCAACAAUGCCUCCUCAGUUCCAACAACCCAAAGAAUUUCUUGUAGGCCCAAAACCCAUGUUUCUAAUAACUAUGGGAAUAAUUUCUCCCAUUCUUCAUUACUCACACAAAACCAGGAUGUACACAUGAAAGUAAAAUCUUUCCAAUGUCAUGAGAAUGGCAAAUCCUUUAAUUGUCGCUCACUCUUUAAAAAACAUCAGAUAAUCCAUUUAGAAGAGAAACAAUAUAAAUGUGACAUAUGUGGCAAGAUCUUUAAUCAGAGGCGAUACCUUGCACGCCAUUGUAGAUGUCACACUGGAGAGAAACAUUACAAGUGUAAUAAAUGUGGCAAGUUUUUUAAUAAAAAAGCACACUUUGCAUGUCAUUAUAGACUUCAUACUGGAGAAAAACCUUACAAGUGUAACGAGUGUGGUAAGAGGUUUGGUGGCAAUUCAGCCCUCUUAGUUCACAAGACAGUUCAUACUGGAGAGAAACCUUACAAGUGUAAUGAAUGUGGCAAGGUUUUUAAUCAACAAUCAAACCUUGCACGUCAUCAUAGGCUUCAUACUGGAGAGAAACCUUACAAAUGUAAAGAAUGUGACAAAGUUUUCAGUCGCAAAUCACACCUUGAAAGACAUAGGAGAAUUCACACUGGAGAGAAACCAUACAAAUGUAAGGUUUGUGACAAGGCUUUCAGACGUGAUUCACACCUGGCACAACAUACUGUAAUUCACACUGGAGAGAAACCUUACAAGUGUAAUGACUGUGGCAAGACCUUCGUUCAAAAUUCAUCUCUUGUAAUGCAUAAGGUCAUUCAUACUGGAGAGAAACGUUACAAGUGUAAUGAAUGUGGCAAAAGUUUUAAUCACAAAUCAAGUCUUGCAUAUCAUCAUAGACUUCAUACUGGAGAGAAACCUUACAAGUGUAAUGAUUGUGGCAAGGUUUUUAGGACACAGUCACAACUUGCAUGUCAUCAUAGACUUCAUACUGGAGAGAAGCCUUACAAAUGUGAAGAAUGUGACAAAGUUUUCAAUUUCAAAUCACGCCUUGAAAUACAUAGGAGAGUUCAUACUGGAGAGAAACCAUACAAAUGUAGGGUUUGUGACAAGGCUUUUGGGAGUGAUUCAUACCUUGCACAACAUCAGAGAGUUCAUACUGGAGAGAAACCAUACAAAUGUAAGGUUUGUGACAAGGCUUUCAGGUGUUAUUCACACGUGGCACAACAUACUAGAAUUCAUACUGGAGAGAAACCUUACAAGUGUAAUGAGUGUGGCAAAGCCUUUAGUGCACAGUCAACGCUUAUUCACCAUCAGGCAAUCCAUGGCAUAGGGAAACUUUACUAAAGUAAUGAUUGUCACAAAGUCUUCAGUAAUGCUACAACCAUUGUAAAUCAUUGGAGAAUCCAUAAUGAAGAGAGAUCUUACAAGUGUAGUAAAUGUGGCAAAUUCUUCAGACAUCAUUCAUACACUGCAGUUCAUCGGCGAACUCAUACUGGAGAGAAACCUUACAAAUGUCAUGAUUGAGGCAAGGUCUUCAGUCAAGCUUCAUCCUAUGCAAAACAUAGGAGAAUUCAUACAGGAGAGAAACCUCACAAGUGUGAUGAUUGUGGCAAAGCCUUUACUUCAUGUUCACACCUCAUUAGACAUAGGAGAAUUCAUACUGGAGAGAAACCUUACAAAUGUGAAGAAUGUGAGAAAGUUUUCAGUUGCAAAUCACAUCUUGAAAUACAUAGGAGAAUUCAUACUGGAGAGAAACCAUACAAAUGUAAGGUUUGUGACAAGACUUUUAAGCAUGAUUCACACCUGGCACAACAUACUAGAAUUCAUAGGGGAGACAAACAUUACACAUGUAAUGAAUGUGGCAAGGUUUUUGAUCAAAAAGCAACCCUUGCAUGUCAUCAUAGAAGUCAUACUGGAGAGAAACCUUACAAGUGUAAUGAGUGUGGCAAGACCUUCAGUCAGACGUCACACCUUGUAUACCAUCAUAGACUGCACACUGGAGAGAAACCUUACAAGUGUAAUGAGUGUGGCAAGACCUUUGCUCGAAAUUCAGUCCUUGUAAUUCAUAAAGCAGUUCAUACUGCAGAGAAACCUUAUAAGUGUAAUGAAUGUGGUAAGGUUUUUAAGCAACGAGCAACGCUUGCAGGACAUCGUAGAGUUCAUACUGGAGAGAAACCUUACAGAUGUGAAGAAUGUGACAAACUUUUCAGUCGCAAAUCACAUCUUGAAAGACAUAGGAGGAUUCAUACUGGAGAGAAACCAUACAAAUGUAAGGUUUGUGACAAGGCUUUCCGGAGUGAUUCACGCCUUGCAGAACAUCAGAGAGUUCACACUGGAGAGAGACCUUACACAUGUAAUGAAUGUGGGAAGGUUUUUAGUACAAAAGCAUACCUUGCAUGUCAUCAAAAACUUCAUACUGGAGAGAAACUUUACAAAUGUGAAGAAUGUGACAAAGUUUACAUUCGCAAAUCACACCUUGAAAGACAUAGGAGGAUUCAUACUGGAGAGAAACCUCACAAGUGUGAUGAGUGUGGCAAAGCCUUUAAUUCACCUUCACACCUCAUUAGGCAUCAGAGAAUCCAUACUGGACAGAAAUCUUACAAAUGUCGUCAGUGUGGCAAGGUCUUCAGUCUGAGGUCACUCCUUGCAGAACAUCAGAAAAUUCCUUUUGGAGACAAUUGUUUCAAAUGCAAUGGGUAUAGCAAACCGUCAAGCAUUAAUUGACAUUAGAGUCAAAUCAGCCUUGACCUGAGUUUGAGUUGACUUAACUUUGAGUUCAAGCAUUAAUUGACAUUAAACUGUUUAUGUUAAGAGAAUUGGGCCAGGCACGGUGGCUCACACCUGUAAUCCCAGCACUUUGAGAGACCAAGACAGGUAGGUCACUUGAGGUCAUGAAUUUGAGACCAGCCUGGCCAACAGACGGGAGCCACUUAUCCCAGCCUGUAUGUUCUUUUAUUUAUUCUUUUAAGAUGGAGUCUUGCUCUGUUGCCUAUGUUGUAGUAGAGUGAUGUUAUCUCAGCUCACUGCAACCUCCACCUCCCAGGUUCAUGCGAUUCUCCUACCUCAGUCUCCCAAAUAGCUGGGACUACAGGCUCCCGCCACCAUGCCUGGGUAGUUUUUUGUAUUUUUAGUAGAGACAGGGUUUCACCAUGUUAGCUAGGAUGUCUUGAUCUUCUGACCUUAUGAUCUGCCCACCUCCACCUACCAAAGUGCUGAGAUUACAGGCGUGAGCCACAGUGCCUGGCCUGUUUUUUUUUUCUUUAACAAAAAUUUAUAGAAAUUUCUCUAAGUAUUGUGUUGAAUCUAAAUCACAUUCGGUUAUAUAAUCAUUUAGCAAUACUAUUCCAUUCAAUAUGGCUUGUGUCUCUAUUUAUACAUGUUUUUAAUCAUUUUGAUCAAUGUUUGUAGAUUGCAAGGUAGAAAUUUCUCACCUUUUUAUGUUUAUUCCUUAGUAUUUCUUUCUUUAAGUUCUUUAGCAAUUGAAAGUGUUUUUUAAAUUUUCUUUUAUAAUGGUUUAUUGUUAAUGUAUGGAGAUUCAACUAGUUUUCGCUGCUGUUAUUCUGUUCUGCAAAUCCACUGCAUAUGUUUAUUAGUUCCAGUUGCAUUUUGGUUGACUCUGUGAUUUUCUACACAGAAGAUCAUGUCAUCUACAAACUAUUGUAAUUUUACUUCUUUCUUUCUGAUUUGGGUGAGUUUGAUUUCUUUUGCUAUUUCAUUGCUCUGGCUAGGACAGCCAAUAUUGAUUGAAUAGAAGGGGUGAGAGUAUUCUUGCAUCAUGUGAGAUCCUACAGGAAAAGCAUUCCAUUUUCCCUGAUUGGUUAUUUCCACUGUGGUUGUUUCAUGCAUAGUCUUUCUAUUGUUGAGGUAAAUGUCCUUCUGUAUCUAUUUUGUUUAGGAUUUCCAUGAUGACUGGAUGUUGAAUUUUGUGAAAUGCUUUUUGUCUGUCUACUGAGAUGAUGUGAUUUUCAUCUUUCAUUCUGUUCAAGUGGUAUAUCACAUUGAUUUGCUUGAAUAUGUUGAACCAUCCUUGCAUCUCAGAAAUAAGUGGCACUUGAAUAUCUACAAUCCCUUUUAUAUCCUCUUGAAUACAGUUUACUAGUACAAGGGGUCUUCAGGAAGUUCAUGGAAAAGUACAUAUUAUGAGAAAACUGUGCAUGAUGUCACAUUUUUUGCACCAAAAUAAACUGGUACAAAUCUGUUA